AUGAACAAAAGAGUUUUGCUUGCGUUUACAACUUUUAAAGAUUCAAUGAGUGCAGUGGAGGUAUGCAACGUUGUAGAAGGAAAAUUACUAGAAAUAGAUAGUAGCCUUAAAAUUACGAAAAUUCCUCUUACUCCCCCCCCAUCCUUGAUCGAACGAUUGACUGUAAAAAUUCCUAAAAAUUGGGGAAAUUAACCCCAACCCUUGAUCGAACGAUUUUCAUAUCAUGCAAAUUUUUAUAUAUAUAUAAAAUAUAUAUUAUUUAUCAAAAGCUUGGGAAGAUGCACAUAAUGAAGUUAUUUUCAGAGCUUUGAGAUGACAGAAAGCUGCGGAAUCAACCAUCCGAAGUGAUUUAAUCAUCAACCUAGGCUUAAAAACUCAAUAAUCUAAUAAAAUAGAGAUUCUUUAAAAUUUUUUAAAAAAAAAAUUAAUUUAAUAAGGAACAAAUUAAAAUUUAUACAGUUUAAAAGGGUAACUAAUAAAUCAAAAUAUUAAAAAUUGGUAUUUUAUGAAAUUAAUUCAAUUUUUAGCUGUAAAAAUAAUUAUUAAAUACUCUUAACCCUCUUAUUUAAAAGUAAAUAAAAAAAAAACAUAUAUAUAUAUAUUUUAUUUUAUAUAUAAAAUUUUUUUUACCAAAAAAUUUUUUUUUAACCCCCAUCCUUGAUCGAACGAUGACGAGUCGUUCGAUCAAGGAUUGGGGGGGAGUUAGUGAUGGAGGUGAAGGGUUUUUACAUACAGUUGAAAAUGCAUUUUGCGGGAUAGAAGGGAGUCAAUUUAGAUAUGGAAGAUUAGAAGCUAUUGAUCCAUUAGGGAAUAUGCGGAAUGCAGAAUAUGGAAUUUUAGAGAUGAAUGGAGAUAGUAUUGGUGUGAUUGAAAUGGCUGCAAUGUCAGGAAUUGAAUUUGUCCCGUUUGAGAAUAGACAUCCAAACUUUACUACAAGCCAUGGAACUGGACAAGCGAUUUUACAUUUGUAUAGCCACGAAAACAUAAGAAAAAUUUUACUUGGGAUUGGAGGUAGUGCGACAGUUGAUGCAGGAAUUUCUCUGCUUUAUGCGUUAAACUGUCUAGAGUUUGAAUUUGAAGGCGGAAAUCCGGAAUUUGUCACUGGAAAAGACUUAAGAAGAUUAAAACAGAUUUUGCUAUCAGAAAAUUCCGAAAUUUUACAAGAGCUUGAAAUUACGAUUGCUUGCGAUGUUAACAAUCCUUUGCUAGGACCAAGAGGAGCUACUUAUGUCUUUGGUCCUCAAAAAGGCUUAAAGCAAGAUGAAUUGGAAUAUUAUGAAGAAACAAUUAAGAUAAUAAGUGAGAAAUUGAAAGAAAUUAAAAAUAAAGAUGACAUUGAUGUUUUUCCUGGGAGCGGAGCAGCUGGAGGAAUCGCUGCAGGGCUUAAGUCAUGCUUUAAUAAGGUUAAAAUCGAAAAAGGAAUCGAUAUGAUAGCUGAGACAUUAAGACUUAAUGAAAUUAUUCAAGACUUUGAUUAUGUUUUCACAGGAGAAGGGAGAUAUGAUCAGCAAACAGCAGGCGGAAAGCCAGUUAGUAAAAUAAAAGAAUUAGUAACAAAUCCUAUUAUUAUUUGCGGAAUGAAUAGCUCUGAAGAAACAUUUCGAGUAUAUGACUUAGCAAGUAGAUUCGGUAAAGAACAUUCUAUGAAAAACACAAAACAGUGCCUAGAAUUGAUAACUCAGGAAAUUUAUGAAAAUGAAAUAAGGCCAUACUAA